AUGUCUCACCUCGACUUCAAAGGACACACCGUCGUCGUCACCGGUGCCGGUGGAGGACUUGGAAAGGCUUACUCUUUGCUUUUCGCCUCGCGGGGUGCUAACGUCGUUGUCAACGACUUCAACGCCGCUGCAGCCCAAAAGGUUGUCGACGAGAUUACCAAGGCCGGAGGCAAGGCCGUCGUGAACUCCUCCUCUGUGACCGAUGGCGAGGCAGUUAUCAAGACCGCCGUCGACAACUUUGGCACCGUCACCAUCCUCAUCAACAAUGCUGGAAUCCUUCGCGAUAGAGGCUUCAAGAACAUGUCGGACAAGGAGUGGGACCAGAUCACAGAAGUCCAUCUGCACGGCGCCUUCGCUUGUACCAAGGCUGCAUGGCCUAUCUUCCGCAAGCAGAAGUUCGGCCGUGUCAUUAACACCGCUAGCGCUGCUGGUAUCUAUGGCAACUUUGGUCAGGCCAACUAUAGUGCAGCAAAAAUGGGUCUCAUUGGUUUCACCAAGACCCUGGCUCGUGAGGGAGUCAAGUACAACAUCAAAUCCACCGCUAUUGCUCCGAUCGCUGCUUCCGCAAUGACCGAGACCAUCAUGCCCGCUGAGAUGCUCAAGAACCUCAGCCCGGAAUACGUUGCUCCCUUCGUUGCCGCUAUCUGCCACCCUGACGGUCCGGAUGCCACUGGCAAGGUGUACGAAGUCGGCGCUGGAUUCAUUGCCGAGCUCCGAUGGGAGCGAAGCGAUGGCGCGAUCUUCAAGACCGAUGCUAGCUUCUCUCCUUCCGCUGUCAAGGCGAGGUGGUCGGAUGUCACAGAUUUCUCCAAGCCAUACUAUCCUCAAGCCGUUACCGAUGUCGACUCAGUGGGCAAGCUCGAGACUGCCAGGUCGCUCCCCUCCAACGCUCAAGCUUCCCCCGAAGUCCGCUUCGACGGACAGACGGUUAUCAUCACAGGUGCUGGGGCUGGUUUGGGUCGCGCCUAUGCUUUGAUGUACGCUCGUCUCGGUGCCAACGUUGUCGUCAAUGACGUCAGCGAGAAAGCCGCCAACGCCGUUGUCGACGAAAUUACCAAGGCUGGCGGAAAGGCUGCCGCUGCCAUUUGCUCCGCUGAGGAUGGUGACAAGAUCGUCGCUGUUGCUCUCGAGAAGUUCGGUGGUGUCCACGUCCUCAUCGCCAACGCUGGUAUCCUGCGAGACAAAUCCUUCCAGUCCAUGACCAAGCAAGAGUGGGACAUUGUCCUCGCUGUCCACCUCCGCGGCACUUACAAGUGUGCCAAGGCUGUAUGGCCCGUCUUCCAGAAGCAGAAGUACGGCCGUAUCGUGACCACCUGCUCGCAGGUCGGCAUUUACGGCAACUUUGGUCAGGCCAACUACUCCACCGCGAAGGCUGGUAUCAUCGGUCUUACCAAGUCCCUUGCCAUUGAGGGCAAGAAGUAUGGUAUCAUCGCCAACGUCCUUGCUCCCUCUGCUGGAACUGCCAUGACCAGCACUGUCUGGCCACAGGAGAUGGUCGAUGCCUUCAAGCCCGACUUUGUUGCACCUGUUGUUGGCUACCUUAGCAGCAAGGACAACACCGAAACUACUGGUGCCAUCUUUGAGGUUUCUGGUGGAUGGGCUGCCCAGACACGCUGGCAACGAACUGGCGGCUAUGGCUUCCCUCAUGACAAGCCAUACACGCCCGAGGAUGUUGUGGCCAAGUGGAAGGAGAUUACCACCUAUGACGAGCGUGCAACACACCCUGCCAACUCUGGAGAAUCUAUCCAACAGAUUCUCGAAAACAUCAACAACCAAUCAUCACUCAAAGCCAAGCUAUAA